UGAGAAUGUGCCAAUCACUGUGCUCGGUCCUGACGAGCUGCAGGCUCCGCCGGGGGAAGCGUCUGUAGUAACGGGACCUGGAGAUUCAGCUGCUGACCACCAAGUGCCCUGUGCCAGCGCUGUGCGGGUCCCCUCUCAGGAAGAAUGACGGCAGGCUCGAUAUGUGUGCCGCAGAUUAUACCGCUCCGUGUCCCUGUUCCUGGCAAAGGGAAGUACGAAGUAGACACAAAUACUCCGAUUGAAAUAAAAUCAGAUACACCAGAUGUUUCCAUCUUCUAUACACUGGAUGGAAGCAAGCCAGACUUCCUAAAGAAGACCACUCAUCAAGAAAACACCACCUUGAAAUAUCGAGGGCCAUUCACAUUGCCCGAUGGUAAAAUAACCCUUAAGGCUUUGGCUGUGAGCAGAGAUGGCCGAGAAAGUGGGACCGUGACUAAAGUUUUCAUCGUGGAAUACGUUCGUCCAGAGAUAGACUCGUCAGAUGAAGACAAUGAUGAAAACUUCUUAAAAGAACUUGCUACACAGGAUAAAGUUAUUUCUCCUGCAAAGCCAAAGAAGAAAGAUGUCACCAUGCAGAGAACAUCGGUCUGGGAUGAAAGGACACAAACUCAUGGAGACCAUGAAACAGACGGUAGACCCAACAAGUCCUUCACCGGCCCAAGAUUUAUGACUAGUCGCCUAGGAAAACCCAGCCAAGGAGAAGAGCCAUCGUCUGCACUUCAGACCCAGAGAUCUCAGCUUAAUGGAACAUCAGAACCUAUUGUCCGGAAAAAUCUGACAAGUACACAGAGUAUGAGAAUCCAGAGGGAGACUGAUUUCCUCAAGUGUGCUCACUGCUUAGCACCUCGGCCAUCAGACCCUUUUGCGCUCUUCUGCCAAGAAUGUGGAUCUCCUGUUCCACCUGUGCCUGGCCGUCGUCUCCCACCUCCUGAGAGAGGACAGAUGGGGCUGUGUGUGGAAUGUAGGACAAUGGUCCCCAUGAACACUCCUUCCUGUAUUGUCUGUGAAGCACCGCUGUAUGCCCAGAUGCAACCUCAAGCUAGUAUCCACCUUAAAGAUAAAACAAUCUGUCGUUUUUGUGGAACCGGCAAUCCUAUUAAUCUAAAGCAUUGUGUGACCUGUGAGACAAAGCUGCCGGAAACUCAGAUGCAGAUGAUAUUCAGUGGGGAUUCUGCUCCACCAUUACCAAACCAGCGGGGGAAAAUGCAGAGUUGUUCCAAGUGUGGCCGCGUGAACCUGGCAGAUGCUCGAUUCUGUGACUGGUGUGGGGCAAAGCCAGGUCCUUCUGUGAGUUACCUGACCUGCUCCAAGUGCAGCGCAAGCAACCAGCCAUAUGCCCAUUUCUGUUCAUCUUGUGGAGUUUACCUGGAGCCUCCAACAAGAUUCUCCACCCAACAGAAUGGGAUGGUGCGGCCUGCAGACCGCUUAACAUUAUCUGGUGAUUUAGAUGGCCGGACUUCCUGGCAACCUUUAUCCGUCUCAUUGCCAAACCCAAGGCUAGAUGUAGACAGAAGGGACAAAGGAACCCAGACAGUUGGAUUGUUUUACCCAUCUGGCAAGCUGAUGGAGAAAAAAGAACAAGAAUUAUUGUCCGAGAAAGAAAAGAAGGAGAAGAUGAGUGAUCGCAAGCCUGUGGUCACAGCAAUCAGCCCUGGUCGAGGCUUUUGGAGACAGCAGUUGGACCACAUCUAUGCUCACCUGCGCUGCUACACACAGAGUGAUUCCGAGUUUAAAGCUUUAAUUGGAAAGCCUCGGAUGGGAAGAAUCAUCUCAGCAACUAUGCAUGAAGAUGGCUAUGAAGUCAGUUUGAGGCUGAAUUAUGUUUUAGUAACAGACAAGAAUGUUGUAACUGGGAAGCCAAUGAAGCUGUCCAACAAUCACUUCUUGAGCAACGUGACGGAGGGCAGAGAUGACCACGAUGAAACCCAGUCUAGUGUGGCGAGUGAGGAUGGGCUGAGUGCCAGAAGCAACAAUGGAAAAGCAAAAAGGUCCAAGAGAAAGAACCGAAAACCUCUCCAGAAGGAAGACCGUCUCCCGCCUGAAGAUCGCAAACUUCUCAAGGAAGUUGGCCCAAAAGGAGAAGGGAAGAUUUCUAUGGUGGAGGAGCUCUUGGAUGAGGGAGCAGAUCCUAACUGCUGUACUAAUGAAGAGCGUCCAGUACUGACGGUGGCAGUCCUCAACGGACAUGAUAAAGUUAUACCAGUCCUGGUUCAGAAAGGAGCAGAUACAGACCAGCAGUCUGGACCACACAACAACACUGCUCUACAUGAGGCCGUCCUGCUUGGCUUGGAAGGGAAGAAAUGUAUUCAAGUAUUACUGGGGUGUAAUGCAAGUAUAAAAAAGAAAAACGAUAAAGGGAUGUCCGCGUACGACUUGGCCUUGAAGAGCGGAAAUGACCAGAUCUCCUCACUCUUUGCCUCCAGGUUGGGGCAAGGCAUGUUGGACAAGCUCACCAAGCCAAAGAACAUCAGUCUGGAUGUGUUCUGAUCCGAGAUUUGAAAUGAAAAAUCUUGUUACCUUGAUCCUUUUCCUAAUCGUGGUCAUAUAAUCCAGAAAUGAUCUGUCUUGAUUCCAUGCAGUAUGUACUUGGUGCCUUUAU